UUGAGAAUGACCCCACUUAGUUUCCAUGGAAACCGAACUGUCAAAAAAAGCAAGGACUACAAACAGACCCAGCUAGCUUAGCGUGACUGUCACAGAUAAGGCGUCUGUUUGACACACAGUUGCCUUUUAUUGCGUUACACGCCUUGUUUCCAAAUAUAACCGCAGAGAGGAACAAUGUCCGUUUUCCUGUCGAAGAAGACGACGUAGUUUCGAAUGCUAACAAGCGGUUUUAGAACUACACUUCCCGGCAUCCUCUACGCCGUCACGUACGUGACGUCACAAUCAGUAUAUAUGGGUGCCGUGCGGCAUUCCUUACUCUAUUGUUACAUUGUAACAAACCGGGGCAGAAGAGAGGCCCAUAGGGUCCUCGGGCCGACAGAUACUACACAUCAUUUUUGUUUUUUCUUUCCUUCGGGGUGGAAAUAUAACGUUGCGAUUUGUCUAAACAUAGCGCAGAACACAACCACCAAUCCGGAGGAAAAAAAGCCCCGAAGGCUCGGCUCUAUCUGGUCUUUUUCAAUGCAGGCGUUUUAAAGGAUCACCUAGAGGUUUUAUGUGCAUUUAUUGGACGCCUCAACGCCAGGAUUUGUCAUUUCUAGUGAAUACGGUCCUUGUCUGCCUUCGUCUGCCCCGUUUUUUAUCUUUACAGAGCUUGACUGCAACGUUGAAUUCUCGCAUAGGCUUCUUAACACACAAACCCCCCAUUUACACUCCACGUAAAGACUAAUAUCCAUUGUUUACGAUGCUUAAAUGUUCAGACAUCACUAUAUCUUCGUGAAAAAGCUGAUAUUUCCUCUUUGGUCUGGUCAUUUCCAUGGGCUGAAGUCGCUUUUGUCUGUCAUCUCGUAACCUUGUGGAAGUCUAAAGCUGAAAUAUUGGCUCAGAAAAUCCCCAAAGAACAGAAAACCAUCCAAAUAAAGGAAGCACAGGAACGAGCGACAGAUUCGGCGGUUUAAAGGCUGUGUAUUUCUGCCCAAGAAGCAGUGUUUCCAUGGAGACAGUGUCAUCUCGCGGCCUGAAGCGCAGAUUCGAGGAGGUGGACAGCGGCUCGCCGUGCUCCACACCCAAAGACUCAGAUGAUGACAUCUCCAGCAGUGACAGCGCUGACAGCUGCGACAGUCUCAACGCUCCCUCCAGCUCCCUCACACCCCCCUCCAUUCUCAGAAGGCACAAAGUGUCUUUAGGACGUAAGCAGGUUCGCUUUGACGCAGUGACAGUCUACUACUUCUCCAGAAGGCAGGGCUUCACCAGUGUGCCCAGUCAGGGUGGAAGCUCCCUGGGCAUGGCAAGGCAUCACUGCGCUAUACGACAUUACACCCUUGGCGAGUUUGCACGAGAACAAGAAAGCAGCCACAAGCAUGUACUUCGUCAACACUUACGGCAAGAAAAGCUCAACGCUCGCAAGCUAAAGCUGACACGGAACGGAACUGUAGAUUGUCCUGAAGCGGAGUUGCUUACCUUGGACGACAUAUCUGAUGAGGAUUUGGAUGUUGAGAGUGUAGAGGUGGAUGACUGCUUCUUCCUGCAGCCCCUUCCAACCAAACGCCGUCGAGCACUACUGAGGGCUUCAGGUAUCGCCCGAAUAGAUGCCAGAGAAAAGGCAGAGCUGCGUGCCAUUCGUUUGUCCCGGGAGGAGUGUGGUUGUGACUGCCGAUUCUAUUGCGACCCACGGCACUGCGGCUGUAGCCAGGCUGGAAUUAAGUGCCAGGUGGAUCGUAUGUCCUUCCCAUGUGGCUGCACCCGCGAUGGUUGUGGUAACUCCGCUGGCCGCAUUGAGUUCAACCCUCUCCGUGUGCGAACACACUAUCUCCACACUAUCAUGAAACUUGACCUAGAAAAGAGAACCCUGUUGGGUGUUAGGUCUGGAGAGGACUGCGUGGAAGAGGCAGAGUUAGUCUCCUCACCAUCUCUGUCUCUCUCACCGUUGGACUCAGAUGUGGAAGUGGAAAGCCAAAGCAUUCAGGAACUGCAAGAGGAGCAGUGUGAUAGCCUGGAGCGUGAGAACGAGACAGCCGUGCUUCAUCUACAGAGUGCAGAGGAGCGGGAAAGGAGACUGGAACAGGAGGAGCAGCAGGUCGAGGAGACCCAGGCCACCGAUCCAACCCUUUGCCUCUUACAGGGUGCCUUGACCAGCCAGGCUGAAAUGGAGGGCAUGGAACGUGUUGAAGGAGUUCUUCUAGAGGGGCCUUUUCCUGAAGGUGCCACCCUGCUCUGUAUUACAGAGAACCACGCAGAUGAACAGACCCAGCAGAACCUGCUCAAAGACCCUGCUUCUGUCCUCUACUAUCAGGUAGGUCACGUAGAGACAGCAGCCUUUGAAACGCUCCCUGCACAAGUAGAGGAGGUGGUGAGCGAAGGUGGGGAUCCAGAGAUGGAAAGCGAUCGGCAAAAACAAGAAACCUGCGGGCAGGAUUCGGCCAAGAGCUUGUCUGUCGAAGUACCUCCACUUCUCGAGGAUGGGAGCGAAGAGCAACUAAGUCCAGAACAGGCUUCAAAUGAUGGGGAAUGCCUCGAGACGUGCCUGGCACUGGAUGAAAAGGCAGUACAACUUCCUCCAGAAGUCUAGAGCCCAUCACCUCUGCAGAUGUUUUGCACAAGUUAGUCAUUCAAUUCAAAGAGAGCCUACUUUACACAGUGUGAUAUGUUACAAGACUGCGUAAUGUCAUUAAAUGUUAAAGAAUCAAGUUACCGUCAUGGGUUUGUAUCCAAUUUAGCUGGAGAAAAGCAUGUACUGUGUUUGAAGUAGGUUGUCUGUGGUAAAAUAAGUUAUUAAAAAGAAAAAAAACAGAAUAAUUUAUUUAAAAAAAAAGAAAGAAAAAGAAACAAGAAACUCAAGAACAGCAGAGAUCCUGGUCAAGUCCUGAACAGGUGUUGUUUUUUCCAGUAUGGUAUUGGUUUAUUACUUGAUACUGGUUGGAAAAGUGGCCUUUUAUGUCGAGGAGCAAGCAUUUUCAGGAUUAUCCAAUGGCUUCUCAUGGCCUUUCUAGUUUGUAGAGUUUGUGAUAGUGCACCCCAACAACUAAUCGGCACUGUCAGGAGGGUAUAUGCUAAUCCUACAUUCAUGUCUUGUUGGAAUUACUGCAGUUUGAUAAAUAUAAGCUGUGUAUAUACUUGGAAAUGUUCAUAAAUGUAUCCAAUCACAGCCUUGAGCCUAUAACAAAAGAUGUCAAUUAAAAAAAGAACUACAAUAAUCUUGCAAUGGAGCUUUAUAAAGUGUACAGAUUCUGACCUUGGAAUUACGCAAGUUUCCAAAGACACAAAUAGAUUUUAACACUCAGUGAUGGUAAUACAGCCAGAGCGUGAAUGCAAAAUUAGUAGUAUACAUAAGGCUAAUGCUAACUCAGUGCUAACGUUAAGAGAAGGGGUUGCUAACUUUGGAAAAGGGUGUUGUUUUUAGCAUCCUUCCUGUGAAUAGACCCACCAAUCCUGGAAAUACUUGGUUUUCAUGUACUGUACAAGUGUUUUGCUAAGAGCUAGCAUGAAGAUGAGUGAAAAAGCUGCUUGUUCUUUGUAUGCACGUCAAAAACUUGAUUCAUUUGAACUUGCUGAAAAGGGGAUCAGGAGGAUGAAUGAAUGUGCAAGCACUUUGCACAGCAGUUCUAUACUGAUUUAUCGUAGUCUUGACCUGACACCGUUUGAAGCUGUAGCCUACCGUCCCAGUUCGCGGACGUUUAUUUAUUUACCACCGCUUUGUAUUGUGGGGGCGAGGACAAUGUGUGUUUGAGUACUGUCAUUUACAAUCAUUUAUUUUUGUAUGUAUGUGAGUGAGUUUCUGUCAGUUUUUUUAGGAGUGAAUGGGAUACACAUUUAUUGCACAUCAAGCCUCUAAGGAUUACAGGAAAGAUUCUAGCUGUAAUUUUUCUUUGGGUUGCAUUGGUUGAAUUUUACAAAAACAUGUUAAGGUCAUAUUUCUCCCCAACCUCUAUUUUUGUUUUGUUUUGUCUUUGUAGGUGUUCAAGUGUAGCAUUAAGGGAAGUUUAUAAACUAAUUUUGAGGGGAUAAAAUGCUUAUAAUUGAUCACGCCGGGUUCCGCAUUAGCCAAUUCAUGAUUCACCAAUCAUACGAUUCCUAAGUCUCCAUAAGUAACCUAAGUUCCAUACCACAGUCAUCUUAGUUUUGAAGAAUACCCCUUUCCUCCCCUACUCCUCCCCCUUCAGCCCAGUGGUUAGCACUGUUGCCCUACAGCAAGAACGUCACUUAUUCUAUGCUUACCAAGCCAGUGGACGUUUGCAGAAAAGCUUGUAAAAUUUGCCGCCCAUAAGUGGUACUAGAAGAAUUAAAAAGGUAAUUAAAGUGAUUUUUAUAUGACAGUUCACUGUAACUGCUAAUUUUACAUCAUAGAUUAAAGUAAUUACAGGCUUUCUAAUUGAUAAAUAAGCCUACAGCCUAAAAAACCUUGAACCCUGUUAAUGCUGCUUGCAGCUUUAUUUAAAUUGUAACAUUUUUACCAGCACAUUUGUACUUCAGGUCCCCAUUAGCAUAAUUUAUUUUGUUCUCAAUGAAUUCUAUGACUUCAGUACAGUAUUUUUUAAACCUUAAUGAGAAAUUUGGGUGAAAAUAUGGUUCACUUUAACAAUUCUAAAAACCUUAAUAGUUCUACAAUGUCAAAAUAAAACUUGAAAUAUUGCUUAUUUCCUCUAGCACUGAAAUAUGACACGUAACAUGUUCUUGAUAGAUUUCAUGAGAUCGACCCAACCCAAUCUCAAAAUGUGCAUGAUAAAAUAAUAAGGAAUUGCAGUGAGAUUGUGUUGGAUUGAAUUGCAUGUGUUCAACCUUUAAACCCAGUACUUAAAAUCCAGUGUGAACUUCUAUAUCUUGAAGGCCUUUAUGUACUUUACGACAGCAAGAAGGACUUUGAGGAGACUAUAUAUUGUAAUGGUUACUCACAAAUUCUUAGUUUAGGGCCUAAAUUUCGUCAAGGUUUAUCAAAGUAAACAAUGCACCUCAUUUGAAAUGUCCAAACCCUCAUUUAAACCAUGAAGUCCAUCCUCCUCCCCUGUUUAACCUUGUUGUUCUUCCCUAUUGGCUUUUUUUUAAUGGUCAAUCCCUCUUGUUUUAUAAUAUGAAUAAUGUUAAUGAACAUUUUACCUAAA